AGAAGAGUCGACCAACGACUGUGUACACGCAAUCACGUCAACGUCAUCAAUUGCGGAAGUCAACAUGGAGUGGACGGUUCAAGGCAGCGGAGUACCGAUGAAUUCAUCUUUAAAAGACGAGUUGUACAUAGAUUUCCUCUCAGAGGGGUUUGAUGUGAAGACAUACACUGCUCAAGCUAUCCACCAUGCUGUCAUUACUGAGCAGCUGGCCAAGCUGGCGCAGGGAAUCAGUCAACUUGAUAAAGAGCUUCAUAGCCAGGUGGUUGCCAGACAUGAGGAUUUAUUGGCACAGGCAACUGGGAUAGAAUCUCUAGAAGGGGUUCUUCAGAUGAUGCAGACAAGGAUCAGUGCACUACAGGCAACUGUUGAAAGGAUAAGGUCUAAAAUUGUGGACCCAUACAACAAGAUUGUGGCCAGGAUAACUCAGCUGGGCAGACUACAGGUUGCCUGUGACCUUUUGCGCAGGAUUAUUCGUAUCUUGCAUUUAAGCAAGAGGCUUCAGGUUCAGCUUCAGGGUGGCAGUCGGGAGAUAACGAAAGCUGCGCAUAGUCUCAACGAACUUGAUUAUCUGUCUCAAGGAGUCAAUUUAAAUGGCAUUGAGGUGAUCGAGAAUGACCUGCUACUGAUCAGUCGAGCAAGACUGGAGGUGGAAAACCAGGCGAAACGAUUAUUAGAGCAGGGUACAGAAAUUCAGAAUCCGACCCAGGUUGGUACAGCCUUGCAAGUCUUCUACAACCUUGGUAAUCUGAGAGAGACUAUCAGCUCUGUUUUGGCGGCCUACCAGACCACCAUACAGGACAGUAUCAUCAGCGCUCUGGACAUUAAGAGCUUGACACAGCCAGCCAACCCCAGAGGUAAAGGUGCCCCAGGAAGAGCAGUGCUCCCAACACCUGGCAGCACAGCAGCUUUCCGUGCUGCUCUUUGGACAAACCUGGAAAAACUAAUGGACCAGAUAUGUGCUGCGUGCAAACAAGUGCAGCAUCUUCAGAAGGUUCUGAUGAAGAAGCGAGACCCUGUCACUCACAGGUGUUUCAUUGAUGAGAUUAUUAAGGAUGGCGAGCCUGAUAUCCUGUACACCUUUUGGACCGAUAUCACCAACAAUCUGAAAGAAGAGUUUUACAAAGCAACUGAAGCAUCAUCUUACCUGAAGCAAGCAUUUGAAGGAGAAUAUCCAAAACUGCUGCGGCUGUACAAUGAACUUUGGCGUCGCCUCCAGCAGUAUAGCGCAAGCCUGCAUGGUGCACUUAUAAACAGCGGCGGAAUAGACACCACUCUGGAGCUAGAAACAGACAGCCUAGACCUCUUCUCUCAAACUAAACAAGACUACAAUCCAGAGAGGGCGCUGAAGGAUUCCCUGCGCCCGUAUGAAGCAGCUUACCUUUCCAAGUCCCUCUCUCGCCUGUUUGAUCCCAUCAACCUGGUGUUCCCAAUGGGCGGACGCAACCCACCCUCACAUGAUGAAUUGGAAAGCAUCAUCAAGACCAUCAGCAGUGAGCUGAAUGUAGCAUCCAUCGAUUCUGACCUUUAUCUUGCUGUUGCCAAGAAUGCUGCCAAGACCGUACAGCUCUUCUGUGUCAAGUCCGAACAGCUGUUGGGUACUCAAGGAGAUGCAAGUCAGGUGAUCGGUCCACUAACUGAAGGCCAGAGGAGGAACAUUGGAGUAGUCAACUCGCUCUACCGUCUGCAGCUUGCUGUUGCCAAGAUCAUUUCUAGUUUGGGGACAAGCCUGACCGCUCCUGCAGAGGCUCUCUCUUCUUCUUUGGAGGAGUGCCAGGCGCUGAUGAGCAGCGCGGUGCAGCCUCUCCUGCAGUCCGUGAGCGACUCAAUAGAGGCCAUUUUAAUCACACUGCACCAGGAGGACUUCUCAGGGGGGCUGUCCAACCCCAGCAAGCCUGAUGUUGUCUGCUCGCUCUACAUGAAGGAGCUGCAGGGUUUUAUCUCCAGAGUGAUGGCCGACUACUUCAGACACUUUGAGUGCACUGAUUUCAUCUAUGAAAGCACAGAAUCCAUUGCUCAGAGAGCGAUCGAGUUAUUCAUACGACAUGCCAGCCUGCUGCGCCCGCUGGGGGAGGGCGGGAAGAUGCAAUUAGCGGCUGACUGUGCACAGAUGGAGUUGGCUGUGGCUCCGUUAUGCAGAAGAGUAUCAGAUUUGGGAAAAGCCUACAGAAUUCUUCGCUCUUUCAGGCCACUGCUGUUUCAGACCAGCAAUCUAAUCAUCAGCAGUUCAGCUGUGGGGGAACUUAUUCCUUACAGCACCGUCCUUCACUUCCUGUUUACCAGGGCCCCGUCUGAGCUCAAGUCACCUUACCAGAGAGCAGAGUGGUCCAUCACUAGAUACUCCCAGUGGAUGGACGCUCAUCCCUCAGAGAAAGAUCGCGUCACACUUAUUAGAGGCACUCUGGAGGCGUACGUGCAGUCGGUCAGAGCUCGGCAGGGGAAGGAGUUUGCACCCAUCUAUCCCAUAAUGCUCCAGCUGCUGCAGAGAGCCACUAACGGUGCUUUGGAAGCCAAAGCCCCAGGAUGUUAACACCUGCAUGAUUUGACCUUUUCAAAAUGAGAGAUAUCAUUUUUGUGAAGGACAACUUUAACAAAUUGUGAGCAAUAUUCACACUAUUCAAUGAUCGGUCCUUUAUGAAUGAAACAUGUUUGUGUAUAUUCGCAAUACAACCAAGGAGCUUACUGCAAAUACCAUAUGUUGCAGUAAAUGGAUACUCUGUAUUAAAUUACUUAACACUUCAUGUAUUUUGAAUUUUUGUGGAAUUACAUAUAUCCUGACAUUUGUGUAUUUUUAUUGGACACAAGCCUGUUUUGUAAAUUCUACAGUACCAUGCAGAGGUGUGAUUAAAUACAGUAAAAGUAUUUUUCAUUACUAGUACUUUAUGUAGGUGUUUUUAUUUAAUUGACAUAUGGUUGGUUCUAAGUU